UUCUGGCGGUUACCCACAUCUCUGCUGUUUAAUCAGCUGGCUCCUUAUAUACGGGAAUGCAUAGGCUAUUCGACUACCAUGAACGGGUUCGCAGUCCAAGGAAGACAUCGCUGGCAGCAGGUUUUAGGCAGCCGGUCGUCUAUCUAGGCGGCCCAAAAGUGGCAUAGGUAUAUCAGGUAUGUUGAAUUGUUACUCAUUCUUGCUUGGCGGGAUUUUCCUGGCUAAUCAAGAAACCACCAACUGUCUUUCAAGCCCCUCCCAGCCGGCGUGGUCGGGUUCACCGUCCAAAACACCUGGUAUAAAGGCCAGUACUCAACACUCGUCAUCCGCGUCGUUGCCUUCGGACUUGAAGACAUUCCACACAGCACUCGCAGAUAGCCUGAACCAGACCCGCAAGACGUUCACUGAGCUGGGGUCUGCCGAAAGAAGAUCGACGUGGUUUUCCACGCUGAGACCAACGCGUGACAACCUCGAUUAUAUCUUGGCACAAUGGGCUGUUUUGAAGAUUGCCUUCGUGGCGACCACCGUAGCCGCAGGUACACACACAGCAACGCAGAGCAUCAUUAUUGCUAGUUGGGGAGAGUGGUCUAGUGAGAGGACCCAAGCUGUCCUGCAUGCAGCUAUCCCUCGCAGCACUACUCUCUUCAUGUUUUUCCCCAUACUCAGAAUACACAAGUGGACUGUGUAUCAAUGGUAACUCAAACUAGCACGAACAGAUGACGAGCUCAGGAACAUAAGAUGAAAAGAAUUCCAUCGGCAGAGACAUGAGGAACGCGGCCACCACAGUCACGGCACUCACAUUUCUUGAAUCC